GAGCGAACAAAUCCCAGACAAAUCUCUCUUCUGCUUGUCCAUCUACGCCAACCCAAAAAUCACAUCCUCCCCCGGCAUGGCCCUCCCUGGCACAGAGACGAUUCGGUUUCGCCGUCCUACCGCGGGUCCAAAUGCGGUAGCCCAGUCGACGCAGGCGCCCAAGAAAGACGAGUUUGGAUCGAUGGCACCUGUAGGAUUCAAGGCGAGGCACCAAGGCUUGCUACAAGAUCAGAGCGGACGAAACCAGAGAGGUCCAUUUGUGCCCUCGUUGUCGCUUGCCGUUCGCCUGCUACUCCUCAUCAGAACAGCGGGCGCAAUGUAUAAUAUCAUUGCCGACUGUGACGAAGUGUUCAACUUCUUCGAGCCUCUCCACUACUUUCAGUACAACCACGGCUUCCAGACGUGGGAGCUCUCUCCGGAAUUCGCCGUGCGAAGCUGGGCCUAUAUUCUUUUACACUGGCCUCUGGCGCACCUCGGACCCCUUCUGUUGCGUCUCGGAAAGCGUCCCGCGUUCUUUGCCCUCAGAAUCUCCCUUGGCGCCAUCUGUUCGUUCUCUGAGGCCAAGUUCUACAGAACUGUUGUAGAAACUAUCAACGAGCGUGUGGGAAGGUACCUGCUCUUCAUCAUGAUGCUGAGUGCCGGCAUGAGCUUUGCCUCUGUCUCAUUCUUGCCGUCUUCUUUCACGAUGUACACAACUAUGCUCGCCUCGACCUUUUGGUUCCAACCGGCAACCUCCACCCCCCAGGGCGUGACCCGAACCUACCGGGCCACCUUCUUCUAUGCUCUUGGCGCGAUCGUUGGAUGGCCUUUCAGUGCGGCCUUGGGCAUUCCCCUUGUCUUUGAGCAACUCUUCCUGGGCGGCGGUGAGAUUGUUCCCGCGGCUGCUGUCAGUCAGUGGAGGACAAAGAGAUGGGACACCAUGGCCAAGGCGACUGCCUUUGCGGCUUGUAUAGCUAUUCCUGUGUAUUUGAUCGACUCUUGGGCUUAUGGAAAGUCCGUUCUUCCUACCCUCAACAUCAUCACGUACAAUCUUUUUAGCCCCUCCGGCUCUCCGGACCUCUACGGCACAUCUCCCUCGACCUUCUACUUGGCGAAUCUUUUCCUCAACUUCAAUUUCUUCCUCCCCCUUGCUCUGAUUUCUUUGCCUGCUUUGGCCGUGACAUACAAAUAUGAUUUCAGGAGACUGGGAAAGUCCCAGAGGAAGCCUGUCGAAGGCGAGACCAGUCCCUAUCUGCUUCUGGCUACGAGAUUGGCACCUUCCUACAUCUGGGGAGCCAUCUUGACCGCUCAGGCUCACAAGGAGGAGAGGUUCUUCUUCCCUGCAUACCCGCUCUUGUGUUUCAACGCGGCAGUGUCAAUCUAUCUGAUUCGAGGAUGGUUCGAGCAGAGCUACGUCUAUCUCACCAGGUCUCCAUACAGGGUAAGCUUCUGUCAUGCGGAAAAAACACGGCUGAUCUCUCCAAAGGCUAGCAAAUCUCAACUCUUCUCCAAUUUCACUCUCUUCACCAUCCUUUUCCCCUCCAUCCUCUCGCUCGGCCGAAUCGGAGCCAUGUAUCAAUUUUACCAUGCCCCAUUCGACAUUAUCCUCCACUUUCAAUACGAAACCCUCCCUGGUGUUCUCUCCGAGCUGGGGUACGAGCCUAUAGCUCCACCCAAGGAUUAUAAACAGUACAGUAACGAGGAGUUUGACAUUCAGUGGGACCUUUCACCUCUGCAAGAUUUGGAGGAGCCCAUCACUCUCUGCUACGGGUCGGAGUGGCAUCGAUUCCCUGGGUCUUAUUUGAUUCCCGAGGGUAUCCAGACCUACUGGAUCCAGUCAGAGUUUGAUGGCAUGAUGCCUAGGAAGUGGGAAGAGAGCGCGGCGAAAAGUGGCAGAUGGCCUAGGAGCGAGACUAGGGUCAUCAGAGAAGGCCGGUUCAACGGCGAGAACAAGGCUUCGGCCGAGCCUGGAACCUUUGUCGACCCCAGCGAGUGCACCUAUCUGGUAGCCCUCUCCCUCCCUUCAGCCACCCCCUCCGAGUUGGAGCCAGACUGGGUAGUCCACCCCGACUUUGAAGCUGAAUUCUGUACUCCUUUCUUGGACGCUGCAUCUUCCAAAUGGUGGUCCCGUUUGAUCUGGCUUCCAGGUGGGCUGUUGGAAAGCGGGAGAGUUUAUGGCAACUAUUGCUUGAUGCGGCGCUCAGGCAAGUAGAAGAGUUCCAGCGAGUUUUGUGAAUUUUGUCAAGCGCAACUAUAAGUAGCAAUCAUCAAUUUACGUCUGCAUUUUCCUGCAUGCAUGAACCUAUAGAGAAUG